GAGGUGCCCUGGCGGAAAGCGGAAGGGCCGGAGUGGAUGUUCCUGGAAACUUUGGAUUGGGCUGGUUCCGCUGUUACAGCUGUGUGUCACCAUAGCAACGGGGCCACACGGCCCGGGCAGCGGGGGCCCCCCGAGGGGCUGGUGGUUGGGGCCAGGCUGCGAACGAUCUCAGUAACAAACCCGGGGGGACAGAGCGGAACAAAGAGCCGGCACCAUGAACAGAAAGAAAGGAGACAAGGGCUUCGAGAGCCCGCGGCCUUAUAAACUGACUCAUCAAGUUGUCUGCAUCACCAACAUACACUUCCAAAGAAAGGCAGUGAUUGGCUACGUUGAAUUAACCAUAUUCCCCACGGUCGCUAACUUGAACAGGAUAAAACUGAACAGCAAGCAGUGCAGGAUAUAUCGCGUGAGGGUGAAUGACCUGGAAGCGGCAUUCAUUUACAAUGACCCAACCUUGGAAGUUUGUCACCAUGAGUCCAAACAGAGGAAUCUCAACUACUUUUCCAAUACCUAUGCAGCCGCCGUAAGUGCAGUCGAUCCAGAUGCUGGAAAUGGAGAGCUUUGCAUCAAAGUUCCAUCUGAAUUGUGGAAGCAUGUUGAUGAGCUGAAAGGUCUGAAAGUAAACAUUGAAUUCUCCUUGGAUCAGCCAAAAGGUGGGCUGCAUUUUGUGGUACCCAAUGUCGAAGGCAGCAUGGCAGAGCGGGGAGCUCAUGUAUUCUCAUAUGGAUAUCAGAACUCUACCAGGUUUUGGUUUCCUUGUGUUGAUUCUUACUCUGAGCUCUGCACAUGGAAGCUGGAGUUUACAGUUGAUGCGUCCAUGGUGGCGGUUUCAAAUGGAGAUCUAAUUGAAACGGUUUACACUCCUGACAUGAGGAAGAAGACCUUCCACUACACACUUGCAAUACCCACAGCUUCUCCUAACAUCUCCCUUGCAGUUGGUCCAUUUGAGAUCCUGGUUGACCCAUACAUGCAUGAGGUAACCCACUUCUGUUUACCUCAGCUGCUCCCACUCCUCAAACAUACUACCUCAUAUCUGCAUGAAGUGUUUGAGUUUUAUGAAGAGAUCCUUACAUGCCGUUAUCCGUAUUCCUGUUUUAAAACCGUUUUUGUUGAUGAAGCUUACCUUGAAGUAUCUUCGUACGCAUCCAUGAGUAUUUUCAGCACAAACCUUCUGCAUAGUGCUAUGAUCAUAGACCAAACUCCAUUGACUAGAAGAUGUCUGGCUCAGUCUUUGGCCCAGCAGUUUUUUGGAUGCUUCAUUUCCAGAAUGUCAUGGUCUGACGAGUGGGUUCUGAAAGGCAUAUCUGGAUAUAUUUACGGCCUCUGGAUGAAGAAAACAUUUGGUGUCAAUCAAUAUCGUCACUGGAUCAAAGAAGAGCUGGACAUGAUUGUAGCCCAUGAACUGAGAACAGGAGGGGUUUUACUCCAUCCCAUAUUUUCUUCUGGCAAAGAAAAGGACAACCCUUCUUCACACCUCCACUUCUCUAUAAAACACCCUCAUACCUUGUCCUGGGAGUAUUACAGCAUGUUCCAGUGCAAAGCUCACCUUGUCAUGCGACUGAUAGAAAACCGCAUCAGUAUGGAAUUCAUGCUGCAGGUUUUCAACAAGCUUUUAAGUUUGGCCAGCACAGCUUCCUCUCAGAAGUUCCAGUCCCACAUGUGGAGUCAGAUGUUGGUUUCCACAUCUGGGUUUCUGAAAUCCAUCUCUAACGUUUCUGGAAAAGACAUCCAACCUUUAAUAAAACAGUGGGUAGACCAAAGCGGUGUAGUCAAGUUUUAUGGCAGUUUUGCAUUUAAUAGAAAAAGAAAUGUUUUGGAAUUGGAAAUCAAGCAGGACUAUACAUCGUUGGGAACACAGAAAUAUGUGGGACCCCUUAAAGUGACUGUUCAAGAACUCGAUGGUUCAUUUAACCAUACUCUACAGAUUGAAGAAAACAGUCUCAAGCAUGAUAUACCGUGCCACUCGAAAAGCAGAAGAAAUAAAAAGAAAAAAAUCCCUCUGAUGAAUGGGGAAGAGGUAGACAUGGAUCUAUCUGCAAUGGAUGCUGAUUCCCCAUUGCUCUGGAUAAGAAUUGAUCCAGACAUGUCUGUUUUGAGAAAGGUUGAGUUUGAACAGGCAGAUUUCAUGUGGCAAUAUCAGUUGCGUUAUGAAAGAGAUGUUGUUGCACAAGAAGAAUCGAUUCUUGCACUGGAAUCCUUUCCGACUCCUGCGUCACGGUUGGCGUUGACCGACAUCUUGGAGCAAGAACAGUGCUUCUACCGAGUUAGAAUGAUGGCAUGUUUCUGCCUUGCUAAGAUUGCCAAUUCGAUGGUGAGCACAUGGACCGGACCUCCGGCCAUGAAAUCCCUCUUUACUCGCAUGUUCUGUUGUAAGAGCUGCCCUAACAUUGUGAAAACAAACAACUUCAUGAAUUUCCAAAGCUAUUUUCUGCAGAAGACUAUGCCAGUUGCAAUGGCUUUGCUGAGAGAUGUUCAUAAUCUCUGCCCAAAAGAAGUUCUUUCGUUUAUUUUAGACCUUAUAAAGUACAAUGACAAUAGGAAAAACAAGGAAGAAACAGAUGUGGGCACUUCUCCCUAUAAUCAAGCAGGAACCAAACUUCAGUUUUCAGACAAUUAUUAUCGGGCGGAACUGAUCGAUGCGCUCUCUAAUUCAGUAACACCCGCAGUGAGCGUUAACAAUGAAUCACGGACUCUGGAUAACCUGAAUGCUGAAGUUCGCCUGAUUCUAGAAGAGAUAACGCGGUUUCUCAAUAUGGAAAAGCUUCUCCCCAGUUAUAGACAUAUAAUAACAGUUAGUUGUCUCAGAGCCAUUCGUAUUCUUCAGAAAAAUGGACAUGUACCCAGCGACCCAACGCUCUUUAAAUCGUAUGCAGAGUAUGGACACUUUGUGGAUGUCAGAGUAGCAGCUUUAGAGGCAGUUGUUGAUUACACUAAAGUUGACAGAAGCUAUGAAGACUUGCAGUGGUUACUCAGCAUGGCCCAAACUGAUCCUUUACCAUACAUUCGGCACAAGAUUUUUUACAUGUUGUCAAAGAACCCCCCAUUUACAAAGAGCAUGGAGUCUCCUUUGUGUAAUGAAGCUCUUGUGGACCAGCUCUGGAAGCUUAUGAAUUCAGGCACCUCACAUGAUUGGAGAUUACGAUGCGGGGCAGUAGACCUAUAUCACAUACUCUUUGGUCUCAGCAGACCCUCAUGUCUGCCUUUGCCAGAACUUGGAUUAGUUCUUAAUCUGAAGGAAAAGAAAGCUGUUCUCAAUCCUACCAUCAUCCCAGAGCCCAUAACAAGUAACCUGGAGUCCGUGCCAAGUGCCAACAUGCACGGGCAAGUCACAGGAUUUCCAAGCAAUGAUGAAGACUCUAUUGUUAAGGAAAAUGUGCCGAGUGCAUUGUCCCUAACACAAGGUGUGAAAAGGAAAGCUGACAUCGCUCUCGACUCACAGCUGGAGCCUGGGCAGGUACUGGAGAAGAUUGAGGACAACAAUAAAGGGAAACUCAAAUUCAGAGAAGAAGAAGAGAUCGAUAUGGAUACUGUCCAUGACAGUCAAGCUUUCAUAUAUCAUCAUCUGAACAUGCUUGAACGGCCAUCCACACCAGGAAGAGAACAGGCAUCUUUGGACAUGCACCUUCUUUCUGUGCCCGCAACGCCUCUGUCAUCUUCUAUCAAAGAAUCCAGCAUGUCUAAACACAGUGAUCACCAUCAUCACCAUCACCACGAUCACAAGAAAAAGAAGAAGAAGCACAAGCACAAACACAAGCAUAAACACAAGCAUGAAAGCAAAGACAAAGAGCGAGAACCACUUCCAUUCUCAAACAGCCCUGCCAGUGGACGCUCAAUCCGUUCCCCCUCACUUUCAGACUGAACAUGGUGCUUCAGUGAGCUUUGAAGAACACCCUGGCUACUCUAGCCGUGUAACGUUUCUGUGGUAUGGGCUUACCAAUAUGAGCGAUUUGAAAAGGUGGUUCUCCACUUCUGCCAUCAAUAAGUUUUAAUGACGAAAGCUCUAUUAAGGUCAGGCAACAAGAAAAAAAAAAAAUCUUAGGGUUUCCAGCAAAACUGCCAAUGUUAAGCCAUUAUUUUCGUCCUCGGGAGAACACAGACUUUGCCAGUGAAAGGUUAACUAUUUUUUUUUCCACCACACCUCCAUCUAACACUUCUUCAUCCCUCUCAAAUAAAAUCUGUAUAUAAUUUUUUUUUUUUCUUUCUACUCCAAAUUCCUUUCACUUUUGGCAUCUUAUGGACAAUUUUUUUUAGAAUAGAUGUUUUAAUGUGAGGUUCUUUUUCCCUGUUAAUAACAAAGCAGUAUUUCACUAGAAAAAUCCAGUUCCAUCCUGCAACCACUGAAACAAACCAACAAAAUGCAAUAAUCCAUACAUUUAAUGCUUUUAAGGAGCAUUGUGUGUGAAACAUCUUUUCAACUCAAAGCUGUGAAAUGUGAAAAAAAAAGAAAAGGUUUCAUAGCUGUACAUACGAGAUAGCAUCAUAUCUGAGUGCUGUCUUUACUGAUGGGAUUUAAUGUUACGUGCACAAUCUUGGAGUCAAUUUACAAGAAGAGCUUACAAUUGUGUUUUUAUUAUGUUCAUAAAGGGCCAGUUGUAGAUGAAAGCUAUUUUUGUAUUAGCAUAGGGGGUAACUAGUGCAGCACAGUGCGCCAUUAAUUCCUUAUUUAUGAUUAAUAUGCUAUGUAAAUUAAAAACAACUCUUAUCUUAAUUCAAAA